GCGGUGCUCGCAGUACCGCGGCAACCCUCGAGCUAAGAGCAUCGUGUUCGAUGCUGUCAGUGACCCGUGCGUGAGCCGUGUCGUGAAACGUGAGAAGCUCUCCUUCCCUUUUCCUUCUCGUGGCUCGUACGCGCGACCAAAUUCGUGCGCUUGCCGUGUCUGUGCGCCGCCUCUCCCUCGAUAUAUCUAUUUCUCUCUCCGGCUUUCGUUGUCGCACGCCCGGAAACUCGCGUGAAUUCCGCGGUGGAACGUUUAACGGUCUGAAAAACGAUUUCGCGCCAUUACGUGUCCCCCCCUCCGUACCACGUUCGUUUUAUCAACGAAAACAAUCCCUUUCACGGGUAAUCCUUCCGACCACGAGUUUCCCCACGAUGCCUGUGUGUGAUAUGUGAGUUGUGUUCUCGCCACGUUCUUCACCACUGACACUGGUUGUCCUUCUCGGAAGGAGGGAGGCAGCAACGAGCCGAAGAAACGUCAAGCAUCACGAAUAAGAUGUUUCACGGGACGUGGCUGCAGUGGUCGACGCUGCUGUUGCUGCUGCUAGGAACGCGGCUGCUGUUCGUGGUCGCCCAAUGUGGAUCGUUCGCUCAGGAUAGACAGGAAAGAGAGGACAAACAGGAUAAACUGGCGCUGUACAAAGUCACUUUAAGGACUUACUGGUCGAGGGCGCGAUUUCCACGACAUUAUCCAGAAUGGAAACCACCGGCGCAGUUCGGCAAACUAAUCGGUCGAACACACGACUCUACCUAUACGCUGUACAGAUUAGGAGAAAGGCUUUCUAGUGGAAUAAGAUUGUACGUGGAAACGGGAAGAACGGAUGGAAUGGACGCGGAUGGAGACUCGCCAAACAGUCUUCACUCGUUCACGGGCCCUCCAGUGCCACAAGGAGAGGGAACAAGUAUCGCGAGAGCAUUUUUGGAUGGAAAUCACACUCUAAUAAGCAUCAUGGCUCGUAUAAACCCCAGCCCCGACUGGUUCGUUGGGGUCGAUUCCUUCCAACUGUGCGUCGAGGGUAAUUGGGUCGACACAGUAACCGUUGAGCUGGAUCCGCUGGACGGUGGAACCGAUAACGGGUUCACAUUCACGGCUGCCAACUGGCCGACGCAACCCCAAGGAAUCGCCUACAGGAUCACGUCACGGUACCCGGCACAUCCCGCGGGAAGCUUUUAUUAUCCGAAUCUACCUCGUCUACCACCGAUAGCCACCCUCACCUUCACCAAGCUGCGAGAGUACACGCUAACCGAAACUUAUCACGAAGACGACGUCGAGGUGGAGUUCGUCAGCAACGACAAUCUACCAGCGAACAGUCCGACCCCUAGGGGGAUCGACCCGAACAGGGACCUGAACGAGGCCAUCGCCGAGGAACGGAAGGAAAUGGACACUCAGAGAUACAGAUAUUGGACGACGACCGGAAGUGGUCAGAUGAUAACCGAGCUUCCGCGAGACAAUAAAGCAGCGAUCAUGGACAGCAUAGCUUCGUCAUAUGCGUUACAAAGACCCAGAUUCAAUGCGACACCUCCACCGAAACUUUCGAAAGUCGAUGGAAAGAUCGGCUGGCCUUACUAUCAAAAGUACAAACAAACAGCGGAAGCGCAGAAGGCACAAAUCUUCGAGGAUAUUCAGAGGAAAAUGGCAAACGCGACUAGCGGCAACAGUCUCGGUCAUUCGUGGAAUUCCACCGACAUCACGACCCAACGUCAGCACAGGCUCAGAAUGAAACAUCAUCGACUAACGUCUAAAGGAAAACGCUUGAGAACGCGUCCUCCGAGGGAUUGCAAGGUCGGAGAAUGGGGUCCAUGGAGCGCCUGUAGUCGUAGCUGCGGCGUAGGAGAGACGCAGAGGACGCGGAAGAUCACGAUAAAGCCACGCCGUGGCGGAUCAGCGUGUCCGCCUCUGAAAGAGACCAAGUGGUGCGGCAGCGCGAGCCCUUGCCCCGACGGCAAAUCCAUCGUGGACAGCUAUCAAUGGUAGUCGUGUGGUCGUCGGUGAAACGAUCCCGUGAACGACGAAGCCGUCGACUCGAGAUGAUUUACCCUGAACGAUCCGAAAGGGAGGAUUCGAGGGACCCAAUGGGUCUCGACGAAAUAGACGAACACGGCUGGAUCGUUAGCGGUCCGCUAGAUUGCGUCAAUAACGUUAUCGUAGUCGUAGCACCAAAGAUUUCGCACGGGCAGAGACGGCGUCGAUAAUAUCACGAUCGAUCGUUUAUCGAUCGAUCGAGUCAAUAAUUAUUUGUUUAUCGGCAGCUAAAUAUCAAACGUAACGAGAAAAAAAAAUGAGAAUCGUACCGCGUGUCGGAGGAAUAGAGAUACAAAGAUAGAGAAGUAGGCGAGUCGUGCGUUAGCGUGUAAACGGACGCGACAUGGGAAUAGAAUGAGAAAGGCUACGCAAGGAAACACCUUCUGUCUUUGUCGAGCAAGGCACGCACAAUGCACACUGAUGCAGUUGGUUUGCUCGGUGUUGCACUUACGUAUUUAUCGUACGAAUGUGAAUGCGUUAUUAGACAAGAAAACGAGGGAUUUCUGUGCAGCGUUCUAUCGCUAUGUCGCUUUUUCAGCUCGCUCUCGCGUACACGCUAUCCUUGUAUCUCUGUAAUGAGAAGAAACAUCGUUCUGAACCUUGGCCUACAAACCGAGUUUCCUGCUCUGCAUAAAACUCGUUCGUGUUCGACCCUCGGUCGGAUCGACAUAUUUUCUGGAUAGAGCGUUUGGAAACUCCGUUGAAAAGGGGCCGAAAGGACGAAGGUAUAAAAAUGCAACACGAACGAGUUAAGAGGGAUCGUUGGAGCGUAGAAUGGCGCUUAAUUUUCGACGAUUCUCGUGCACGGACGCUUUUCAAUACGACGUCGAUCGAUCGCCAAUCGACGUCGCGUUUCCUACGCGAUAUUUUCUGCGUUAGGCUGGAGCACGGAAAAUUCGUAUCUCGAUCUAGUUUGCUUCUUGGUUUAACUGCCGGUCGGCCCAGCGUUAUAUCGACACGCGACGAUAAUCGUCGCAACGCGUUUUCAAACUUCGACUCGCGGAAGAACGAACGAGAAGGGAGGAACGACUCUUUUUGUCGGAGACCACAUCUGUCCUUGUUGAAACGUCGAGGCGUACGCGUUUAUCAUUCGUGGACUCGGCCGAUCGGAAACGAGAUAAAGGUUGUCGCGAUUCGAACUGUGAAAUUCCACGAGAAUUCGAGCCGGUUUACGGAUUAUCCUGGCAGGAUAAAGCGAAUUCCCGAACGCGAUCCGCUGAAACUCGGAUACGGGCGUCCCAGUUCCCACCGUUGUCGGAUAUCCCGUCGACGCGAUCCAGUCUCGUGGUUUGGCAACGACCGAAAAAAACGAGAAAAAAAGGAGAAGAAGAAGGAAACGAGGGAAGUACAGAGUUUUCCGAAGGUUCGAAAAAUUGCCGGCAAUUCCCCGAGCGGCUAAGGCGUUGAACGCAAUUAGUCCACUGGUCUUGCACGAUGGAACACCGUCUCCAGUAUGUAUGUGCUAGUUUCUGUGUGUAUGUGUAUGUGUAUCGCGUGUGUACGUGUGACGAACGAAGAAGCCGGUGGAUGAGAAAGUUUCUCGGUAGAAAUCCAACGGGUGGUUCGCGUGUCGAUCGACGGUCUUAGAGGGACUUAGUAACCGGUCGCCGGAUAUCCUACCAUUCGAAACUAGCUUUGCAUUUCUUCGCGAUUCGUGUCCGGGACACGUAUCUCGGAACCUGAAAGCGUCUAUUGAUUCUACGCCAGCGCCAGUAGUUCAGGGUGAAGGGAACAUCGAGGGGAUUAUGGAGAUGCUACGUUUGAAUUUUUUUAAGAGAGGACCUGCAUCUUGUAACUUAUAAUCAGGAAAAAAGCAUCUAUUACUUAUACGUGUGUGUAUCGAGCAAAGUGAAAUCGAUAGUUGCGCUCUCGAAUUUAUGGACGACGUUGUAUAUUUCCGCGUUUGCAUCGCUUCGCUGCUGCUACGGUUCUAUUAACCUUUUAACCGAGUGCACUUCUCGUUGGAGUGGUGUUCGCGUUUUCAUUUGAACGGUGCAAGAAUUUAUCGAUCCGAGCCCCUCUUCCAACGUUUCUACUUGGGAAAUGGUGUAUAUGAAAAUAGCAAAUACCCGCGUGCUUCGGUCUCUAUUAUCGCUAUAAAAUGAUUAAACACUCGGUUAAGGGGUUGAAAGUACGCUCUUCGACGGAUCGAUAUCGACACAUGCAACAACAUCUUACGACGCUCAUCUCGCCCUGUCGAAUUCGUAAGAGAUUUACAAAGAGAGAAAAGGGAGAACGCGAGAGAAAAAUAACGAGAGAAAAUGAAAGAAGGUUCGUUCCGCGAAAGAUCUUUCCCCCGCGCCAAUGUUACGGUAUUCGUUCUCAUGGCGUGAUAGGGAAAUUUUUAUAAAAAAAAAAGAUAUCAUCAGGUACAUACUUAGGUGAGUGUAUUAUAUCUUAGGCGUAAAUUUAACGAUAAUAAUUAAUAACUAACGUUUAAUCGUAAUUUGUUAAUUAAUAGGCUCUGGUAUUACGACGCCCGUCAAGGGCUGCACGCGCAACGGCUUGUCCUCCUCACGUAAUGUUAUUUCGUAACGGGCAACGCUGCAAUUAUGCGGCGCGCUAUCCGUCGAGGGACACCCUGUCGUGCGUAGUCAACUAUCGUUUCGAGUAAUUAAAACGAUCAAACGUGGUAAAGGGUUGGAAACGAGGGAAAAGAACGACGUAACCGUAUUCGUUUGAAUUUCAUCGACUCGUUCUGUAAAAAUAGAAUUCUAAAAGAAACAUUUCGCUAUUGAUCUAUCAGGUUAUUCCACAAGUAAUAUCGUCCCUUAUCAAUCGCCGGAACUCGCAAUUAGUCGAAAAACGAAAACGAUCUGUUAGAUGUAGAAGCGUAUUCCACAAAAAUAACCGAUGAAUCGACGAAGUUUCCUGAAUGUAUAUAGCACAAUUAUUAAAGCAAGAAAUAUCGUAAUAUUUCCAAUAUUUUCAUGAUACGAUCAACGAUCACAAUUAAUUUGAAAAAUUAAAUGGUAUAGAAAAUCAUACGUUUAGUUUCAAAACCAAGUUGCAAAAUAGAAUACACUUGUCGCACCGUUCCUCCCUCCCUGUAGUCUCCGUGUACAGGCACGGAAUUACUUAUGGAAUGUCCGAAUGAAAAUAGAAUAAAAAAGAAAGAAUCGAUAGAGUACAAAAAAAAAAAACGGUCGAAAUUCGUAGCCAAUUUCGACUACGCAAGAUACGCGUAAUAAUACGCGAGAUAAACAGGAGCAAGGUUUCGCUUAUAUCCACGGAACGAGAAAGUUGUUCGGUGGACUGUAAAAUUUCUCGCGGUACAAUACGCGCAUUACGAUAGAACCGACGAAAGGGAGGGCCUUUUAUUUCAACCGGGAAGAAGGACCAAGCCGUCGCAGUUUUAGCAGCAUUAAGAGAAAGGGGAUGAACGUUUUAUAAACUAAACGCUCGAGGGGACGCUUUCUUAACGAAAGUUUCAACGACACUGAGAGAGAGAAGGAGUAGCCGUACUUUGCCUAAGAAAUAAAAGCGCGAGAUAACAAGGAGAGGAGACGUUACCAAAGAAAACGCUCGUGUAAAUGUAUAUCUUAUCCUUUCCUGUAUUUCCCACUUGCCAACCCCUUUGCGUUUCCCCUCGAAAAACUUUUUCCUGCCCAUCCUCCUCUUGAAUCUUCCGUUGUCCUCCAUCUUUAUACCCACAAGCGUGUCUGUGUCAUUUUUCUUCCUCUCUCUCUUCUUCAAACCUGUCGCAGACGCAUAAACGCUUCUCCUCUCUUUCUCUCUUCUCCCUAACGCGUGAGCGGCUCACGGAAGACAAUGACAAAUCAAUGAGAGACCGACCGAAGGGAAGGAAGGAGGAUGAUUCUGUACAAGUCACUGUGCAUUCUAGCCUCUAAGGACCUAGCCGAUAGGACUAGCCGUUAAGCAAGAAUAUGUAGCAAUGUAUAACACAUAAGUUUAUAUUACAUAAUAAAAUCUGUCGAUAAAA